CCCUUAUACGUAUUCCGCGGUGUCUCACAAAAGUACUCACGCUUACUAUCUAAAUAACUGACUACCACCUAUCCAAAUACCUUCUUUUCCUUGCUCCGUCGCAAGUCAACGAACGGCAAACCGCACCCGCAACAACAAUGUCCAAGACCUUUACAACCGCCGACGUGGCCGCGCACAACACGGUCGAGAAGGGGCUCUACAUCACCAUCGACGGAAGCGUCUACGACGUCACCAAGUUCGUCGACGAGCACCCGGGGGGUGCGAAGAUCCUGAAGCGCGUCGGGGGCAAGGAUGCGAGUAAGCAGUUUUGGAAGUACCACAACGAAUCCGUCCUGAAGAAGUAUGGGGAGAAACUCAAGAUUGGCACUGUGCAGGCGGAGGCGAAGCUGUGAAUGCAGCACGACGACCGUACCUUUAACUAUCGACCGGCGGGAUACGAGUGGACCAGAUACCAGAGGCAAGGGCGCCAUGUGAAUAAAGGGGGGCUGCGUCACUUCGGCGGCACAGCGAAGGAGUGGAGGGGACGAUGCAUAGACAUGUUAUACAUGCAUGACACAAGCGAGGUGUCUUAGAUACGAAGGUUAGACUUCUUGAGUAUAUAUUGCAAUGCGUAGAGCGAUUGGAGUUUCCAGAUUUCUUCGGCUUCGUGAGUACGUAGGUACCUUUGGGUCUGUGAUGGACAUGGGAGAAAAGGAAAAGUACGACAACAGGGCUAUUGAUGCGGUUGAAGUAAUAGCACUCCAUCAUUGCCCUGCUAUGCGUAUGCCAUAUGCUAGUGC